AUGCUCAAGGCUGGGGAGCUGGAGGAGUGUCAUCGGAACCAUGAAGGUGAUGAGGAUGAUGGCCACGUCCGUGCCCAGCAAGCCUGCAUCGAGGCCAAGCACGACAAAAACAUGGCGGACAUGGAUGAGCUCUUCUCUCAGGUAGACGAGAAGAGAAAGAAAGGAGACAUCCCUGACUACCUGUGUGGAAAGAUCAGCUUUGAGCUGAUGCGGGAACCCUGCAUCACGCCAAGUGGCAUCACUUAUGACCGCAAAGACAUUGAGGAGCAUCUGCAGAGUGUGAGCCAUUUUGACCCUGUGACUCGGAGCCCCCUGACCCAGGAACAGCUCAUCCCCAACCUGGCCAUGAAGGAAGUCAUCGAUGCAUUCAUCUCUGAGAACGGCUGGGUGGAGGACUACUGAGGACCUCGCCCCAGAGGGUCCUGAGGCAGAAGCCCCAGAACCUGUACAUAGUUUGUGUCUCUGGGCCCAUCCCCAUCAGUUCUGCUGGUGGGCUCUGGACUGC